AAGUCGGCUAUUUCGAGGCUACGGCUUUGCCGUUAUCCCCAGGUGUACUGCAGCAGAAAGUUGUAGCCGUAGAUAACCAUGCUUCACUGGAACAUAAUGGCUAGUCACUGAAGACACGAUGGACUGUAUCCUAGUUCAUGCAUUGUCAAAUCGGGGAAAGGUAGAGAGACUUCAUCUAAUGAUCUGAAAAGGCGUAGCUUCUGACAUGGCAACAGCCCCAAGCUCUGGGACCAGCUCAAGCGCUGGUACCUCGGGCUCCUCCACCCCUACCCCCAAGGACACCCUCACUAACGGCGACGUGAAGCCAGCUGGCGAUUCCCUAGAAGAUCUCCUGAACCAGAUCGAGGAUUAUGCACCGACUAUCCCUGAUGCUGUGACGAGUUUCUACCUCAACAGAGCUGGCUUCGAAGCCUCCGACCCCAGGGUGACCCGCGUCAUAUCCCUGGCUGCCCAGAAGUUCAUCUCGGACAUUGCCAACGACGCGCUCCAACACUGCAAGAUGAGAGGGUCGGGCCAGAGCUCCAAGAAGGUCGGCAAGGACAAGAGAUACACAUUAACAAUGGAAGACCUCACGCCCGCACUCAGCGAACACGGCAUUAAUGUGAAGAAACCAUAUUACUUCACGUAGUGCAGGAGGCAGUACAGACGAGGCACCGGUUCAUGUUUUUAUGUACAUAUUUAUCUAUUCCAAGCGCACCCUCUCCCAGAAUCAGGGUUUUAACCGAGGGACAAAUGUUUCAUUUGACCAGAUCACGACAGACUACUCCAAAAAUUGACGACACUUCUAAAAAUUCUCAAUACAUGCCUUCGGAAAUUGAAAGGCAGUUGAUAUCAUUUUGAGUGAGGCUUUACAUACUAUGAGCCAAAUCCAGGCAUACUGUAAUGUUGAACUUACGUUCAAAUAGAUCAAAUUCCCAUUACUCGCAAAGAUUUGAGAGAAUGUUGGAUUCAGAACUUGCAGAGUGCAGCCUCUACAAGCCUUUUGCAAGUUAAAUUUGAAUAAGCUCUGGUGCACUCGAGUUCUUCAAACUUACGUGCUCCAUACUAAGGACACUGUUGCUACACCUCGUGAUUCGGGCCAAGGUUUCACUUACUUACAUAAGACACACCUUGCCUCGCCUCAAUACAUUGUACAGUUUUCAUUGGAUAAGAGGGGCGCCAAGGAACCAGUCCAUUCCAGAGAUUGUGGCCGCUAUAAAAGCUUGCCCCGAUUCACGAGGUACAGCAACAGUGUCUUUAACGUGGGGAAUUCAGAUCGUUUUGUUCAUGUGCAAUCAGAUAACUCAGUGUACCAGACUUUAUUCAAAUUGAACUCGAAAAGGGCAAAUUGCUCUGCAUGGGGGGAUCGAUGCCGACAUUAUGCACAUCUGAAAAAGUCCAUUAUUUCAGUCACUUGUCUCUCUCAAGCCAUCAAGUCAAGGGCUAUUCGGAUUGAAAUGGUGACCACUGCUCAUCUCUUUGCCUGCAAACCGACUUGCCAUCCCUUUUGUGAUUUGACCAGUGGCAGAUACAUGGCUGACUGGCUUCUUUAGUGCCAAGAGAAUGUGGUGUGUGGCUGUGUUGUCAUUAGAGGGGGACCAAUUUUUGCACGAGUGGUAUCAUUUCCGGGUUCUUGGGGAAUUGGCUGAUGUCAAAAUAGCUACAUGUAGCUAAACCUGACUUAUUUUCAAGAUGAACCAUGUGACCUAAGUAGAUCCUCAACUCCAUUUUUCUUUCUUUUGGAAUGGAAUCAGUCAGCUGUGCUCUUUUUCUUGACGUGUGCUUCAUACACCCUAGGGAAAUACCCAUGAAUAAAGUGAGACUGCCUUUUUCUGAGCAAAUUUCAAUGUACUUGUUCUUCUUGCUUAAGCUUUUCUAAAUGACUUUUUGUUGAUGCUUCAUCCGUGAAAUUAAAAUGCCAGAAGAAUAACA